AUGGCGCCCAUAAGACUAACAGAAUCACGAUCGACUACAAACGAGUCCAAUGAAGCAAUAUUCCGAUCAGCGCCAAUGACGUUGGUGCAGUUUUAUGUCACCAUAGAAUUGGCACGGGAAAUGGUGGGGAUGUUGGGAAACUUGGGGGCGGUCCAAUUCAGGGACUUGAACUCCAAACUAACGCCAUUUCAACGCACAUUCAUCAAUGAAUUGAAAUCUAUUGAUGCAAUGAUCAGUCAAUUGGCUUUUCUUCGGACAACUAUGGACAGUUUAGGUACAGUUUCAGGAGACUUGCAUGUAAAUUUAAGAGCAGAUAUGAGACCCAUGCCAUCGACUUCGGACAUGGACCAGUUCAAAAUGAAGUUAAAUGAUUACCACGACAGAAUCAAACAUUUAAAUCACUCUUAUGCAAACUUGGACAGCCAGAAACUCAAGUUUAUUGAAAACAGAUAUGUCAUUACCAUACUAAAUAAAUUUCACUCGUCGACAUUGGUGGACAAUGCUCAUGAUCACGAUCAUGAUGAUGACACUGAACUCGAUAGCGAAAUAGCACUUUUAAGCACACGUCAGAAUAAUAGUUUGGAAUUGGGAAUGGAAGUUCAUAGCUGGGAAGAAUCAAGUUUCAAUUCAAUAGCGGGAACAAUUGUUAGAGACAGGGUGCCAGUUUUGAGAAAUAUUUUAUGGAGACUUUUGCGGGGAAAUAUGUACUUUCAUGACAUACCCAUAGAGGAAGAACUUCCAGUAAAUGACAAAUCCACUGAGAGAGUAUUCAAAAACGUCUUUAUCAUGUUUAUCCACGGUGAUGUGUUGCGGUCGAGAGUGCGCAAGAUCAUACAGUCAUUGGACGGUAUUAUAUUCGAUAAUGCUUCAGGUAACUCGGAAUCGCGAAGAGCAACCUUGGACGAGGUUAAUGGUAGGAUUGAAGAAUUGACAAACGUGGUUGACAGCACUAAAGACCAGUUAAUUACAGAAUUGAAGGUUUUCCAAGAACUCUACCCUGACUAUUACUACGUUGUUCAGCGAGAAAAGUUGGUUUACGAAACUUUGAACAAAUUUGACGAGGAUAGUACCAGACGGUGUUUGGUUGGAGAAGGAUGGAUUCCUUCUGCUGAUUUUGAAAAAAUACGAGGAGCGUUGAGAAAGUUGGUCAAAGACAAGACAAGGCGCGAUCGUGGGUCUGCUACUACUAAUCAUCUCAAUGACUCCCUAGAUAUAUCCGUUGAUACAGAAACUGAUACAUUUGUUAUUGAUGAUAGUGACCAUGACAUAUCGGGUAUAGAUUUUGACGAAGGAAGCGAGGAGGCGGGAUCAUUGAUUGCCGUGGUGAAUAAGCUUACCACCAAUAGGACCCCUCCGACGUAUCACAAAACGAACAAGUUUACAGGUGCAUUUCAGCUGAUUAUCGAUGCUUAUGGAAUUGCCACCUAUGAGGAAGUCAAUCCUGGUUUGGCAACAAUCAUAACAUUUCCAUUCAUGUUUGCCAUUAUGUUUGGUGAUUUAGGGCAUGGGUUUAUUGUUCUCUUGAUGGCAUUGUACUUGAUCAUCAAUGAAGUUUCAUUUGGUGCAAUGCGCAAUAAAGAUGAAAUUUUUGAGAUGGCAUUCAAUGGGAGAUACAUAAUCUUGUUGAUGGGAAUCUUUUCCAUGUAUACUGGUUUCAUUUACAACGAUAUCUUCUCCAAAUCAAUGGCCAUAUUUAGCUCUGGCUGGGAGUAUGUGUUUCCUGAUAAUUACGAUCGGCAAAAGGGUGGCACUUUAACUGCUACAAAAAUUGAGGGCAAAACAUAUCCAAUCGGUCUUGACUGGGCAUGGCACGGCACAGAAAACAAUCUUUUGUUUACAAACUCUUACAAGAUGAAGUUGUCGGUUUUGAUGGGGUAUGUUCAUAUGAACUAUUCGUUGAUGUUUAGCUUGGUCAACUACUUGUACUUCAAGAGAAAGGUUGACAUUAUUGGGAACUUUAUUCCAGGCUUUCUUUUCAUGACUAGUAUAUUUGGAUACUUGGCGUUAACUAUUGUGUACAAAUGGUCGGUUGAUUGGUUGGGUUCUGGAAGACAACCACCAGGGCUCUUGAAUAUGUUGAUCAAUAUGUUUUUGUCACCAGGAACAGUUGAAGAACAGUUGUAUCCUGGUCAAAAGUUUAUUCAAGUGGUAUUGGUUCUUCUUGCGCUUAUUUGCGUGCCUUGGUUGUUGAUUUAUAAACCAUUGACGUUGAAGAGACAGAAUGAUAAGGCAAUAAGAUUGGGUUACACUGAUUUACAUUCGCAAAGGAAUCAUUCCAUCAUGUUGCAUGAAGAAGAAGCAGCUUUGGAAUUGGAGCAUGAGAUAAACAAUGAACAUAUUGACGAUGACGAUGAUGAGCCAGAAACCGAUGAUGAGUUUAGAUUUCCCAACGAUAUUGAGCCAAUGUUUCACUCUGCAGCAGCACACGGCGACGAUCAUGGAGAAUUCAACUUUGGUGAUAUCGUUAUUCAUCAAGUGAUUCAUACUAUUGAAUUUUGUUUGAAUUGUGUCAGUCAUACGGCGUCGUACUUGAGAUUGUGGGCUCUAUCGUUAGCCCACGCUCAAUUAUCGACGGUGUUAUGGUCGAUGACCAUACAAAAUGCAUUUGGAAAGACUGGUGCUGUUGGAGUUAUUGCCACUGUGGUUCUUUUCGCCAUGUGGUUUCUGUUGACGGUAUGCAUCUUGGUUUUGAUGGAGGGGACUUCCGCCAUGUUGCAUUCAUUAAGGUUACACUGGGUAGAGGCUAUGUCCAAGUUUUUUGAAGGGGAGGGUUAUGCUUAUGAACCGUUUGACUUUAAGUCUAUAGAUGUAUAG